AUAUUAUGGCAGAUAAAGAGUUAAUAAAGGCCACUAAAAGAGCAUUUUCUGCUUUGCUUGAAAGUACUACUGGAGAAUCGAAAAACCAUAGUAAAUCUGGUCAGUCUGAAAUAACAUCCGGACCAAGAAUAAAACAGAUCAAACUCGCCCCAAAUGACGAAUCUACUUCACCAGAUAAAACAAAAAUAUUAUAUAAUCCAAUAGAUAAAAAUGAUUUUAUGCGUCGGCUUGCGACUUUUAUGGAUUCAACCUGGUUUGUUAAACCGGAUCUUUUAAGUCCCGUAGAAUGCGCAAAAUAUGGCUGGAUUAAUAUUGGUGAAGAUUGGCUCAAAUGUGAAUAUUGUGGUGAAUGUAUGUUAGUGAAAAUAGUACCCGAUAUUGAAUUAGAGGAGCGUUUGAUAGAACAAUAUCACAAAGGAUUGACCAGUGCACACUCAAUUACUUGUCCAUGGCGUGAGCGUCAUUGCGAUGAUUAUAUAUACAAGAUACCACUUUCCGUCCAUGUAGAGAUUUUGAAAGAAUUUCAGGCACGUACAUUGUCUUUAAUACAACUAAACGACAAAUUACCGAUUAUAAAGACAGAAUUAACUGAGGAGUUUAUAGAAACUAUAAUCUCUGUGAUGCCUCAAGAGUCAAAGACAGUUGAACGAGACAUUUUAGCAGCUGCGGGGUGUUUGUCGUUAUUUAGAUGGGAAUAUGAAUUAAUUGACGGCUUAGAUAUGCUAAAGUGUCCUUUCUGUUUUCGUAAAUGCGCAUUAUUUAAUUAUCGGAAUAUAGCAAAACAGAGAGAAAUCCAACAACAGGACAAAGGGGAUAAUGAAGAUAAUAAUAAACAGACUGCGGAGGAUACUAGUGAUAGCAAUGUUAAUGAUAACAUAAUGGUAUCACUUGAUCUUAAGUUUGAUACUGAACUAGAACAUCGAUGGUAUUGUGCUUGGAUUACUGGCGAUGGGAAAUCAAUAGUUAAUAAAACUGCUGAAGAGUUGGCUAAAAGAAGACCCGGCUGGCAUAUUACAUUGGAAGGAAUCGUUAAUUGUAGCGUUCCCUUUGACCCAGCGAAAAAAAAUGAGGAACAAUUGGCUGAUGUUCGAAUAAACGAAUUACGGAAUGUUUUAUCUCCAAAAAAAUCUAACUAGAAUGAGUGAUUAUCGUCAUAUUUUGCAUAUAAUAACAUAGUCAGUCUGCUAUACUCG